UCUCCGCUCUCAUCUUUAUUUCAAAGAGUAAAAUUCAAAUCUUUAUUUAUUCUCACUUCUAUCUGUUAAUUUGGGGAAAAUAUGGCGCUGAAUUUGGCACACCAGAUUGGGACUCUUGCCGGGACCCAAAUUGUGGCGGAAGUCCCCACCGGAGCACAGCCGUCAACGGCGCCAGCGAAUGUGUCCGGAGUUCGGAAAGUUCCAUUGGCGAGCCUCCGGUGCAACGCUCCCGCAGAAACUGUAUCCCCUCCCAUGUUAACUCCGCCGCUGACACCGCGGAGCGCGGCAAACAGGUCGGGUAUGACGAGUCCGAAGCUGCGUGGAGAUCUCUCCGCCGCUUGUCAGGCGUAUGGGACGUUAGCGCCGGUGGAGUCGACGGAGGAGGUGGCGUGGAAGGAGGGAGGGAAGAAGGAGGAGAAGGGAGGGGUUCCGGUGUACGUUAUGAUGCCGUUAGAUAGCGUGAGGUACGGGAACACGGUGAAUAGGAAGAAGGCGAUGAACGCGAGUCUGCAAGCGCUGAAGAGCGCAGGGGUGGAGGGGAUAAUGAUCGACGUUUGGUGGGGGCUGGUGGAGAGAGAAGCGCCGGGUGCUUACAAUUGGGGCGGCUACGCCGAGCUUCUCGAGAUGGCCAAGAAACACGGGCUUAAAGUCCAGGCUGUCAUGUCCUUUCAUCAGUGUGGCGGCAACGUCGGUGACUCUUGCACGAUUCCACUGCCCAAAUGGGUUACAGAGGAGAUGGACAAGAACCCAGACCUAGCAUAUACUGAUCAAUGGGGAAGAAGGAAUUAUGAAUACGUUUCACUUGGCUGCGAUACCCUUCCUGUAUUAAAAGGCCGCACCCCUGUUCAAUGUUAUGCUGAUUUCAUGCGUGCUUUUAGGGACAAUUUCAAACAUCUCCUUGGCGACACCAUUGUGGAAAUCCAAGUCGGAAUGGGUCCGGCCGGUGAGCUUCGCUAUCCUUCGUAUCCGGAGGCAAAUGGGACAUGGAAAUUCCCUGGAAUUGGAGCCUUCCAAUGUUAUGAUAAGUACAUGCUUAGCAGCCUAAAAGCGGCAGCCGAAGUGGCCGGCAAGCCAGAAUGGGGUAGCACAGGGCCAACUGAUGCUGGUCAGUACAACAAUUGGCCAGAAGAUACUCCAUUCUUCAAGAAAGAAGGUGGUGGUUGGAAUAGUCCGUAUGGUGAAUUCUUCCUCUCCUGGUAUUCUCAGAUGCUGUUAGAUCACGGUGAGAGAAUUCUAUCGUCCGCGACAUCAAUUUUCGACGGUGCAGGUGUGAAGAUCUCUGUGAAAAUUGCGGGAAUCCACUGGCAUUAUGGAACCCGAUCCCAUGCUCCUGAACUCACAGCAGGGUACUACAACACAAGGCACCGAGAUGGUUACCUCCCUAUUGCUCAAAUGCUAGCAAGACAUGGUGCCGUUUUCAACUUCACUUGCAUAGAGAUGCGUGAUCAUGAGCAGCCUCAAGAUGCUCUAUGUGCACCUGAAAAGCUGGUCAAGCAAGUGGCUUUGGCUACCGCUGCAGCACAAGUUCCGCUUGCCGGGGAGAAUGCACUUCCCCGUUACGAUGAAUACGCGCACGAGCAGAUCUUACAAGCAUCGUCGUUGGAUGUCGAUGGCUUUCCGGCCGAUAGAGAGAUGUGUGCAUUUACGUACUUGAGGAUGAACCCGUCGCUCUUUCAUCCCGAGAACUGGAGUCGGUUUGUUGCAUUUGUGAAGAAGAUGAACAACGGAAAAGGUUCUCGUCGGUGUCUGGAGGAGGUGGAGCGGGAAGCCGAACAAUUCGUGCAUGUCACACAGCCAUUCAUUCAAGAGGCUGCAGUCGCCCUUAUGCAGUAGCACUGAUCUUUUAGAUAAGGGCAGUGGUAGCUUAGGACACAGUUUGGAGCAAUAACAAUGCCUCAAGGAGUCUGAUAUGAUAUAGCGUUUCCUUUUAGAAUAAUGCAUGUUGUAUAAUUUGGUAUGCGAUUUUACUUUGUACCAAAUAGUUGAAGCUCUUCCAUUUUUCACGACUGGCUA